AUGAUUAAAGAAGACAUUGUUAAGGAAGUUAACAAUGCAGGGAUGUUUUCGGUACAAAUGGAUUCUACUCAAGAUGUCUCUGCACAUGAUCAAUGUGCCAUUGUUGUGCAAUAUAUUGUGGAAGAUAAAGCUAAAGAGCGAUUGGUACGCUUUGUGAAUGUUGAGGACUCCAGCAGCAAGGGCUUACAUGAUUUGCUAAGAGAUUCUUUGUCUGACAUUGGACUGAAUUUGGAGCAGUGUAUUGGUGAUUCCUUUGAUAGAGCUGCUAACAUGAGUGGCACAUAUACAGGAUUGCAAGCAUUGAUGACAGAAGUGCGUCCUAGUCACAUUCAUACGUGGUGCUAUGCUCAUGUCCUAAAUCUUGUUAUAUGUGAUACAAGCAGUGUAUGUGUUCCAGCAGUGAGUUUGUUUGGACUUCUUGGUAACUUGUCCACCUUUUUCUCUGAGUCCUACAAAAGGAUCAAAAUUUGGGAAGACCAGCUGAAAGCCAAGACUGGAAGUGCUAAACUGAUAAAAUUGGUACUACCAGGUGGUCAAGCAAAGCCAGAGCCCUUCGAAAACUUUGCGGAACAUAUGAAAACCACUCUGAGGAAUUAUAUUCUGACCUCAUCCUUGUUCUGAAGCAUGUAAGUAGUUCAUCUGAUUUUAGAAAUUCUGUUCGUCAUGAGGCUCUAAAACUAAAUGAAAACCUAUGUACAUUUGAAACCAUCCUGGCCGCUUUUACAUUCAUAAGAAUUUUUGACAUUACUACUCCCGUGUCAGAUUACUUGCAGUCACCAGCCCUUUACAUUAUGCAGGCAUGGCGAAUGGUUGAGGAUGCUACAAACCGUUUAUCAAAAAUUUCAAGAGACUUUUCAGGAGUCUGUGGAUCUGCAACAACUUUCAUUGAUCACCUGAAUGAAAAACUAGCUGCAGAGGACAUUGCCAUCAGUAAAUCUUUCACAGAACACCGAUCAACAAGAUGUGUAGUUCCUGCAAAUCAACAACACAGCUUUGAAGUUUCAUGCUACAAUGUCAUCUGUGAUAAAGUUUUGGAAAGUAUGAGAACCAGAUUUGCCACUCAUGGCAAACUUUACAUGCAGAUUUCAUGUUUUGACCCAAAUCGGUUUGAGGAAAUACUGGCUUCUCCUGAAAAAAUAAAGUUUGAUGCCAUUUCUACAGCUGUUCCUGAAAUUGAUGGCCCUGUUCUUCGUGAAGAAUUGAUUUCAUUUGCAUCAAGUUACAGAAAUCUCUCCAGAGGACUGUUUGAUAGUGAUGAUGAAACAUUGAGCUCUGCUGGAGAGGAAGAACCUGACUUCUCUGACUCUGAGCCAUCAGCUUGUAAGCCUUCUAUGAAAAAACUCUGCUGCCAAAAAUGCACGUCCUGUGCAUUUAAGCUGCUUUUUCAGUACAGAUUAUGUUCAUCGGCCUAUGAAAAUCUUUAUAUGGCAUACAAGUACUUGAUCACUCUAAGCACCACACAAUGCUCCUGUGAACGGUGUUUUUCAAAGUUGAAAAUUCUAAAAUCAAGACUUAGAUCAACGCUUACUCAGCAAAACCUGGAGACAUUGAUGCUUAUUGCAAUAGAGAAAGAUGUUUCUUUAAGCAUAAAGAGAGACAAAGAGAAAAUCAUAGACCGUUUUGGCAAGACAUCUGCUGAACUCCACUCUCUGCUUCUCUUUUAA